GUGUACAGGGCGGUUUUAUACGAGACAUCGGCGCUGCACGCGCCGGCAGCACUGGCGUAUAAGUGUGCGGCCAUCGCACGCACGCGCGCACUCGCUGCACUGCGCUCCUCCAGCAAGCGGGAGAGGCAGGACCUGCUCGUGCUUGCCGACUCACACCCCCAGCCACAGCAGCCUGCCUGCUGCUGCUACUGCUCCGCCUUCCUCCGACCCGCAAGGUGUGAGGGCGGGAGCAUCGCCAGCAUCAUCUGCCGCAUCAGACGUGGACAACGCAUCUGCUACUCUCAGGCACCCACACCACCACCACCAUCACCACCACACACCCAAUCUCACCGCCGCUGCCUCCUCCCCCUCGCCGUCUCCUGCACCUGGGACUGCUGCUGCCAUUGCUGGAGCAGGAGGGGGAGCGGGGGGGGCAUCUUGUGUGUGCAUACCGGAUCGACUGGUGCCCAGCCUGCGCAGAGUACUCAAAGAGAGGAGUCGUGCGAGGGAGCGGGAGGAAGCGGGUGAUGGCGAGGAGCAGUGGCGCGGGGGUGGCUGGGCGGGUGGCUGUGAUGGGCGUGGUGGCGGUGCUGGCGAUGGUGGGGAGCGACGAGGGCCUCACGAAGGGCGGUUGGGCGCAGCGCUGCUUCUGGCGCAGCAGCGGCUGCAGCCGUGGCUUCCCCCCAUCAUGAUGGCACAUGCUGCUCCGCUUCACCCCAGCCAGUGGCCGGCGUUCCGAGACAUGAAAGCGCAAAUGACUAGCAACUUCAGACUUGAUAUGAGCACGUGGGUGCAGAACGGUGACUGCAACACUUUCGAUGGUGUCAGCUGCGACGGUGCUGGCUUCGUGACAUUGCUAAGUUUAUCGUACAGUCAUUUAACCGGCUCCCUUCCUGAGACCAUUGGCGUCUUCAGCCGCCUUCAAUACUUCUACAUAGACCAAAACUCUAUAUCGGGCUCACUCCCAGCCUCCUUCUCCAACCUCGUUUCUCUAAGAGAAUUCGACGCCCAUUCCAAUCAGCUCAGUGGGCCCCUGCCUGAGGGCAUCGGCACUCUCACUGCCCUGUAUGAAUUGUAUUUGCAGGACAACCAAUUGGACGGGCCGAUCCCAUCGUCCUUCACGGGGCUAACUGCGUUAACGCUGUGCGAGCUAUCUAACAACCAAAUAACGGGAAGUCUACCAGAGGGGCUGGGUGCCGUCACCAAACUAAUUGCUCUGCGUGCCUACAACAACCUCAUAUCGGGCCCCCUGCCUGCCUCUAUAACAGCCAUGACUAGACUGUAUUACAUCGAGUUGCAGAACAACAGCUUGAGUGGCCAUAUCCCGUCCAACAUAGGCAGCACUACCUCACUGAACGUGCUUAACCUCAGAGAUAACCAGCUGUCGGGAACAAUCCCUUCAACCAUCGGAAACCUCUUCCAGCUGUACUCACUAGACAUCAGUAACAACCAGAUUUCUGGCACUAUACCGGACGAUAUCACAGGCUUGGUCUACCUCACACUGCUGGACAUGAGCUCAAACAGUCUAACUGGCACCAUACCACAAAAGCUUUCUGGUCUUACCAAUCUUCAAGUCCUCAACCUGAGGGACAAUCAGCUGACAGGGAAGGUGGUGGAGCCGGUGCCACCAGCAGUGAGGGUGUACAAGCUGGACCACAACUACCUCACUCAGGGGUUCUCCUCCCCCCCGCCGUGCGGGCAGGGCUACAUCACCUUCAGCAGCAACUGCGCGGCCGCACCAGCACAGGGCCUGGCAUGUGUGGACGAGACUCAGAGGGCUGAGGAGGUGUGCUCUGCCUUCUGCGGUGUCUCUCCCACCGACCUUCCCUGCAACGGCCAUGGCGUGUGCUUCUUGGACGGCCCCAGCAACACGCCCACAUGCCUCUGUGAUGAUAACUACGUGAUUGGGGAGUUCCCCGGCAGCUGCGUGGUCGUGGCAGGUGGUAAGACGGAGCAGCAGCAGACCCCCACAGCAGCCACGCUCACAGCCACAGGCGACGCCUCAGUGGAUGCUGCAACAGCCACGCUCACUCUCACACCCGCCCAGCCGUCCAAGGCUGGCAGUGUGUUCCUGGCAGCGCGCGUGCCGCUCUUCUCCUACCAGCUCAUCGGGGACUCCUGCGGCCGCCAGCUCGCCUUCUCCUCCUCCUUCUCCUUCACUCUCACCCGCUCUGCUGCCGCCGGCUCCGAAGGCUUUGCAUGUGUGGUGGCCUUUGAUGCCACCCCGCCCACAACACCGGUGGCGGGCGGCAUGGGGUAUGCGGGGAUGGGAGCGCGCAGCGUGGCAGUGGAGUUUGACACGUCGAUGGAUGCGGGCAACAGCGAUCCUGACAGCAACCACGUAGGCAUCAACACCGGCGGCAGUGUCACGUCGGUGAUCACAGCCAAGCCCAGCACCCCUCUCAAUGACGGCAAGCCCAAGCACGUGUGGAUCAAGUACGACCCUUCCUCCAGUGGCUCCCUGCGUAUCUUCCUCUCCUCCCAGGCGUCCCCUCGCCCCACGACCCCCCUCCUGUCGGCACGCAUCUCCCUGUCCUGGACCCUCUCCACCUAUUUUCCUGUCCAGCCAACACCAGAGGCAGCGAGGGGCUUUAAAUUCAGCGAGGCAGUCCUUUCUCAGUCGGGGAUGAACCGUUUCUUCAGCUAUGCCAGCUCGGGCAGUGCUGCUGCUAAGGGUGGCCGGGACGUGUAUGGUGUGCGCCCUGCAUGGUCCUGGGCUAGGCCUGAAUUCACCUGGCCUGUCAAGACACAAUCCACUUGCGGUGACUGCUGGGGGUACGCAGUGGUGGGCAGUGUCGAGGCGGCAUACGGCAUUCUGGGGAACGCUGCAGCGGCGCCGGUGCUGUCAGUGGAGCAGCUGAAGGCCGCCAUGAAGGUCGGCUGCUCUGGCAGCACGCCCUCUCAGGCCUUCCAGCUGCUGCUCAAGCUCUCAAGCAAGGGAGGCGGGCUCGUGCUGGAGAGCCAGGGGCCGGCGGUGAAAGGCAAGGCGCCCGUGAAGGCAGGCAGCAGCAGCAGUCCAUUCUGCUCGCCGCCCUUGAAGUCACUGGCGAAGCUGUUUGGUGUGGCGUGCGGGAAGGGCAGUGACAACACACAUCUCCCUGGCGGCUUCCCCAUCAGCGGCUUUGAGUCGACAUCUUUCUACGGCUGGUUUGGGCUGCUGCUGGCCGUGCAGCGGCAGCCAGUGGUGGUACACAUUGAGGCUUCCGCUGAGACGUUCAAGACCUACGAUGGGGUUAGGCGAGCAGUGUGCUGCCUGGGACCAAGAGGGAACGAAGGGGUGUGGGGGGGGGGUGGCGUGUGCGGCAUCAACUCGCUGCCAGGCCUCUACCCCGUGGUCAGAGUGUCUUCUGACCCGUGCUACACAGCCACACGCACUGAUACCUUUGGUUCCCUCUUCAAUCCCUGUGGCAAGUUCACCUGCAUUGUGAAGGGCAAGACAAACGAGUCCGCCACCUGCCAACGUUCUCACAAGUUGAACUGCACGCCUGCCACCAUGUGUUCUAAUCCCUCCCCUUCUCACCCCUCUCCUCCUGUCCUCCACCCCCUUCUGCCCACCCCGCCCUGCGACUCGCCAGAGGAUGCAUGCAAGGCAGCCAAGCGCAACCCGUGUGCGGUGGGCACGUGUGUGAAUGACGGGGCAGGGUCGUACUCGUGUGUGUGUCCACCGGGCUUCAGGCAGGGCACCACCGUUGACGGCACCUUCUCCUGUGCUCUAGGCGACACUCGCUCACAGUACACGGUCAUGGCGCCCAACCUCUUCUGCUUGGACGUCUAUCCGCCCUUUGGGCUCUCGCUUCAGACAUUCCGUCAGCUCAACCCGGAGCUGGAUUGCAGCUCCCCUCUGCGCAUAGGCACGGUGCUCUCUGUCAUUCCAAACUCCCAACUUGUCCCCUGCUCCGUCUUCUACACCACUGCAGAGGGCGACACAUGCCAGUCUAUCGGAGAGUACUUCAGCCUCAACAACUGCCCCCACGGUGACCCCGCCUGCGCGUCAGCCUUUCAGGCCCUCAACCCCGGGCUCUCCUGCUCCCUCAACAGCGGCCAGCUGCAGCCCAACCAGGCGGUGUGUGUGGAGCGACGUGCCACAUCAGCAGCAGAGCAGGUCAUCCCGGUGUGCUCACAGUACUACCUGGUGCAGAGUGGUGAGACGUGCGACUCCAUCCGCAACGUGCCCAGGCCGGCACUCUCCCGGCUUGACUUCUUCCGUUUCAACCCCGGCAUCAAGUGCAACCGCCUCGUGCCAGACACCACCCUGGACCUACACACGGGGUUUGAGGCGUGCAUUCAAGUCUCCAGUCAGUACACCAUUGGAAUUUGUCCAAGGAGCACAGCGUACGUGGCAGGUGCAGACGACCGCUGCAGCUCCAUCCAGAUCAGAUUCUUCAAGGGCAAUCGAGGAUGCUACAAGCGCAUCAACGGAUAUGAAUGCCUCGAUAAAGUAUCCACAGGGAGUAGAAUCUGCCUGCUAGACCAGACCAGGAUUCGCCAAGGAGUUUGCACAGUUUAG